AUGGACACCCGGCCGGUGGGUUGGACUGUGCGCACCUGGGACCCGGAGGGAGAUGGGACCAAGCUGCUGAGGGCCGGAUCUGGUCCCACCACCACCACCACCACCACACAGGUUCAGGAUCUGUUCCAUGAAGAUGCCCAGGGCUUUCACCAGUGCAGCCAGCCGUGGUGGAGGAUCAAGCUAUUUGUGUGGGAGCCGGUGCUUUUUGGCACCUGGGAUGGAGUCUUCACGACCUGCAUGAUCAAUAUCUUCGGGGUGGUUCUGUUCCUGCGCACCGGCUACCUGGUGGGCAACACUGGUGUGCUGCUGGGGAUGUUCCUGGUCUCCAUGGUGGUGCUGGUCGCCCUGGUGACGGUGAUGUCGGGGAUCGGUGUGAGCGAGCACUGCGGCAUCGGGAGCGGCGGAAUCUACUCCAUGAUAUCCACUGUCCUCGGGGGCCGGGUGGGGGGCACGGUGGGCCUCCUCUAUGUGUUCGGACAGUGUGUUGCCGGGGCCAUGUACCUCACGGGCUUCUCUGAGUCGGUGGCGGAGCUGCUGGGCCUGCAGAACCAGUGGGCGGUGCGGGGCAUGUCCGCCGCCGUGCUGCUGGCCCUGCUCGGGAUCAACCUGGCGGGGGUGAAGUGGAUCGUCAGGAUCCAGCUGCUGCUGCUGGCCGUGCUGGCUAUCUCCACGCUGGACUUUGUCAUCGGCACCUUCACACACCUCGAUCCAGUACAUGGAUUCAUCGGUUAUUCGGCUGGGCUUCUCAGCAGUAAUACAAUGCCGGAUUUUACCCCUGGAGAAAACUUCUUUACAGUGUUUGGGGUCUUCUUCCCAGCUGCCACAGCCAUCUGCACCAGAGAAGCUCUGCGCUAUGACUUUUUGAUCGCAGAAAAGGUCUCCUUGGUGGGUUUCCUCUUUCUGCUGGGACUCUACAUCUCCUCCCUGGCUUCAUGCAUGGGCGGCCUGUAUGGAGCACCCAGGAUCCUUCAGUGCAUCGCCCAAGAGAGGGUCAUCCCCUCCUUGGCCUUCCUGGGAAGAGGGAAAGGUCCAAACAAAACCCCGGUGGCGGCCAUCUGUCUGACCAGCCUGCUGACCAUGGCCUUCAUUUUCAUCGGCCAGGUCAAUGUGCUGGCGCCCAUCGUCACCAUCAACUUCAUGCUCACCUACAGCUUCAUUGACUACUCCUACUUCAGCGUGGCCAUGACCUUCCAGCUUCAGUCCAAACGGAUGAGCGCUGGAAGAAUAAAGCGCCACAGGUCGGUCAGGCAGAGCUCCAGACCGCUGGUCGAAUCCGCUCCGGCCAGCUAUGGCAGCGGAGGUGAGAGUCCGCGGGGGAAAGGCACUCUGUUGGAGUUUACCAGGGACAUGGACCAGAUCUUUCCAUUCAUCUCAACGCUGGACCCCGGAGCAGAGAAGAGCCCCUUGAGACAGGAGCUGAGCAGCAGUAACUUCUCUCACAGCAGAAAAGUCACAGCCAAACAGAAGCUGAUGGACAGCUACGGUUUUGACCCGAACAGCAACACGUGUCCGGAGGAGAAAGGAGGAGAAACGGGUCCAGCUCCUCCAUGGGAGGGAGCGGAGGUUCAGAGUGGAGAUGGUGGGCUCAAAUCUGAGGAAGCACCUCAUCUCAAAUGCACUUUGAAGGGUUGCGUUGAACAGGAUUCAUCUGAAGGAGCUCCCAAUCACAACACAGGUUCUGGAGGAAAAACGGAACACCAGAGCUUUGAAAUCCAACCUCUGCAGGACUCCUUCUUCACAAAGAUAUGUAACCACUGGAUUGCUCUCAUUGGGGCACUGAGCUCCAUAUUGAUCAUGUUUGUCAUUCAGUGGGUCUAUGCUUUGGCAAACAUUCUAGUGGCCUUGCUGCUCUUCUUCUACAUUGGCAAAACAAGUCCUGGACUUCCUAUAGGUGUUGCUGCACAGUUCAGCUUCUUUAAAUGGCUGAAGGCAGCGCUUACUCGCUUUUGCAGAAAACAAACUCCCCAGGAUGAGAUCGUCCUGACACCCUCUCUGUCUGGGAUCGGGCUCAAAACCAAGCAGCUGACGGAGGAGAACACUGACUUUGCCUCUCGUCACCGCUGUCACCAGUCCUCAUUCAUCCAAGCGGAUAAGUUGGUCCAACCACCGAGCCACUGA